AUGGCGGCUGCGCCCUCCGCGCUGUUCCUGCUGCCGCCCCUUCCAGCCCUCUGUGCCUAUCGCCUACAGAGCCGCAGUCGUUCUUCGGCCCCAGGGACUGAUGAAAGUCGAGUUGGGGGCACAAUGAGAGGAGAGAAAAGCUACUGCUGCCGUGGAGCUGCUGGCGACCACAGUUCCUGCCCCCCGACUCCUUUGGUCUCGAACCUCUUGAUGCCCGUGGAGGCAGGUUCUAGUGGCUGGUCUGGGUCUGGAGGUAGCUUGUCUGGGGGAGAUGAAGAAGAGACUCGGAUCCUUCAGCUCCUCCGCGCGGCGCCGGAUCCUUCUGAGGCCUUCCAGGCUUUGCAAGCUGCUUUGCCGCGGCGGGGAGGUAGACUUGGCUUCCCGCGACGGAAGGAAGCGUUGUACCGGGCUUUGGGCCGAGUACUUAUGGAAGGCGGUAGUGAUGAGAAGCGACUCUGCUUGCAACUUCUCUCGGACGUUCUCCGGGGCCAGGGGGAGGCAGGACAGCUGGAAGAGGCCUUUAGCUUAGCACUUCUGCCUCAACUAGUUCUCUCUUUACGGGAAGAGAAUGCAGCCCUGCGAAAAGAUGCGCUGCAGAUCCUGCACAUUUGUCUGAAGCGUAGUUCUGGUCAGGUGCUGAGAACUCUUAUACACCAAGGACUGGAAAGUACCGAUGCCAGGCUUAGAGCUUCCACAGCUCUACUGCUUCCUAUCUUGCUUACUCCUGAGGAUUUGUUACUCGGCCUUGAUCUCGCCGAGGUGAUAAUAUCCCUAGCCCGCAAGCUUGGCAAUCAGGAAACAGAGGAAGAAGCUGAGACUGCUUUCUCAGCUCUUCAACAAAUUGGGGAGCGACUUGGCCAGGAGAGGUUUCAGUCGUAUAUCUCUCGCUUGCCGUCUGCUCUGAGAAGACACUACAAUCGCCGCCUGGAGUCCCAGUUUGGAAGUCAGGUUCCUUAUUAUUUGGAACUUGAAGCCUCUGCAGUUCCUGAAGAUCCCCUUCCCUGUGCAGCGACUCUUUCCAACAGCAAUCUUAAAUUUGGGAUUAUUCCUCAAGAACUGCAUUCAAGAUUGUUAGAUCAGGAAAACUAUAAAAACAGGACUCAGGCCAUUGAAGAACUAAAGCAGGUGCUGGGAAAAUUUAAUCCUAGUUCUACGCCUCAUUCUAGUCUUGUAGGUUUCAUUAGCUUACUGUAUAAUUUGUUAGAUGAUUCUAACUUUAAAGUAGUCCACGGCACACUCCAGGUCUUGAAUUUACUAGUUAUUCGCCUUGGAGAACAGGUACAACAGUUCCUGGGACCCGUUAUAGCAGCUUCUGUCAAAGUGCUGGCAGACAACAAGUUGGUGAUCAAGCAAGAAUACAUGAAAAUUUUCCUCAAGCUGAUGAAGGAAGUAGGUCCUCAACAGGUGCUUUAUUUACUCCUGGAACACCUCAAACAUAAGCAUUCCAGAGUGAGAGAGGAGGUGGUGAACAUUUGCAUCUGCUCGCUCCUGACCUAUCCCAGUGAGGAUUUUGACUUACCCAAACUGUCUUUCGAUCUUGCCCCAGCUCUUGUAGAUGGUAAACGCAGGGUACGGCAAGCAGCUUUAGAAGCUUUUGCUGUGUUAGCAUCAUCCAUGGGCUCAGGUAAAACCAGUAUCCUUUUCAAAGCUGUAGAUACUGUUGAACUUCAAGAUAAUGGAGAUGGAGUAAUGAAUGCUGUACAGGCCAGAUUGGCUAGGAAAACCCUCCCAAGGUUAACAGAACAGGGAUUUGUGGAAUAUGCAACACUCAUGCCAUCUUCUGCCCAGUGUAGGUCAAGCCAUUUAGCACAUGGAGCAGAUACAGACUGGCUUUUGGCUGGCAACAGAACACAGAGUGCGCACUGUCACUGUGGUGACCAUACGAGGGAUAGCAUGCAGAUUUAUGGAUCAUACAGUCCAACUGUCUGUACCCGAAGGGUGUUAAGUGCAGGGAAAGGAAAAAAUAAAUUACCAUGGGAAAAUGAGCAGCCUGGAGUCAUGGGAGAAAACCAGACCUCCAAUGCCAAGGAUAUAGAGCAGUUCUCAGCAUAUGAUUUCAUCCCGUCUCCAAAAUUGAAGCCCUCUCAAGGAAUGCCGGUCAAUGACGAUUUAUGUUUUAGCAGAAAAAGAGUGUCAAGAAACUUAUUUCAGAAAAGCCGAGAUUUUAACUCAGAUUCUCUUCCGGUAUGUUCUGGUACUACUGGGACUCAUCAGAUAAAUCUUUCUGGGAGAUGUGGAAAACUUGGAUUUUCACAAAUUUGUAGUAAAACUGGCAGUUUGGAUUCUGACUUACAAUUUCUGGGGACAACUAAUAAUCAUCAAGAUAAAGUGUAUGCUAGCCUAAAUUUUGGCAGUAAGGCACAGCAAACAUUUGGUAAUCAAACAGAGCGUACUUUAUCAUCCUCUGGUUCAAAUCCAAGUUCAGGAGCCUUCAUCCUUCCAUCAUACCCUCUCUCAUCACCUCGAACUAGUCCAAAGCACACAUCUCCUCUUACUGGAUCUCCAAAGAAGUAUCAAGAUAAUUCUGUUAAUUUUUCAAAUUCCUGGCCUCUUAAAAGCUUUGAAGGACUAUCAAAGCCAAGUCCACAGAAGAAAAUUAUCAGCCAAAAAUCAUCUGACCCUAUAGGUAGAAAUGAUGGAGCAAAUUCUCCAGGAAAACCUUCUCCAGUCCUACUUACACCUGCUUUGGCGAGAUCACCGUCCUCCCGACGAGGCCUAAAUGGGGCAAAGCCUGUUCCCCCCAUACCACGAGGAAUAAGCCUUUUGCCUGAUAAAGCUGAUCUAAGCACCAUGGGACACAAAAAGGAACCUGAUGAUAUUUGGAAGAGUGAAAAAGAUAGUCUUACAAUUGAUCUUUCAGAAUUAAAUGUCACAGAUAAAGAUUUGGAUCAAGAAGAGAUGCAGAGCUCUCUUAGGUCCCUUCGAAAUAGUGCAGCUAAGAAAAGGGCAAAACUGAGUGGUAGUACUUCUGAUCUGGAAAGCCCUGAUUCUGCAAUUAAGCUCGACUUGACUGUGGACUCCCCAUCUCGAUCUUCUUCUCCAAACAUCAGCUCAUACAGUGAAAGUGGAGUUUACAGCCAAGAAUCAUUGACUUCUUCUCUAUCUACAACUCCCCAGGGGAAGAGAAUAAUGGCAGACAUACUUCCAACAUUUGGAUCAAAACCUGGCUCCACAAGACUUUCUUCAGCAAAAAAUAAGAACUCUCAUAUAGCUCAACAAAGCCACAGUGCAGGGUCAUCAUCAGAUUUACAGCAAAUUUCCAGUUUUGACUUGCCAUCUACAAAUACUUUAUCAGAAGACUCAGUGGUAGUUGUUGGAAAAGGUGUAUUUGGGAGCCCAAAUUCAGCACCAGCAACUUGCAGCCAAUCAGUGAUAUCUUCUGUGGAAAAUGGAGAUACAUUUUCUAUUAAACAAAGUUUUGAACCACCAUCAGGGAUUUAUGGAAGAGCAGUCCAGCAAAGUAUUCCAUCAUAUCUUGAUGCUGAAAAUGAAAAAGAUACUAAAGUUUCCAUUUCAAAAUCUACUUAUGACAAGAUGAGACAAAAGAGAGAAGAGAAAGAACUUUUUGACAUUAAAAAUUAUGAAAAAAAGGAACAGAAACCCUGGGAACGAAUAAAGGAUAUAGAAAUUGAGAAAAUGGCUUCUGAAAGUGAAGUAUCUUCUGGAGCCAUUCCACAGUAUAAAGAAAGAAUGCCAUGUGUCACUCAUAGUCCAGAAAUAAUGGAUUCUUCAGAACUACAGCCAUUUUCCAAACCAGAAAUAGCACUGACAGAAGCCCUAAAGCUCUUAGGUGAUGAAGAUUGGGAGAAGAAAAUUGAAGGACUUAAUUUUAUUAGAUGCUUAGCUGCUUUUCAUUCUGAAAUACUGAACACAAAGUUGCAUGAAACAAACUUUGCAGUAGUUCAAGAGGUGAAAAAUUUACGCUCUGGAGUUUCUCGUGCUGCUGUGGUCUGUUUAAGUGAUCUUUUCACUUACCUGAAAAAGAGCAUGGAUCAAGAGCUAGAUACUACAGUAAAAGUUUUGUUGCACAAGGCUGGAGAAUCAAAUACAUUUAUAAGAGAAGAUGUUGACAAAGCACUGAGGGUGAUGGUUAAUAAUGUAACUCCUGCACGUGCCGUCAUUUCUCUUAUCAAUGGAGGGCAAAGGUAUUAUGGUCGUAAGAUGCUUUUCCUCCUGAUGUGUCAUCCUAACUUUGAUAAAAUGCUUGAAAAGUAUGUCCCAUCUAAAGAUUUACCCUAUAUUAAGGAAUCUGUUAAAAACUUACGGCAAAAGGGCUUGGGAGAUAUACCACUAGAUACCCCUUCAGCAAAAGGAAGACGUUCUCAUGCAGGCAGUGUUGGAAAUACAAGAUCAUCAUCUGUUUCUAGAGAUGCUUUCAAUUCAGCUGAAAGAGAGUUAAUUGACGUUCGUGAAGUCACCAGAAAAUCAAUUCCCCGUAAUUCCUUAGAAAGUGCUGAAUACAUUAAAGUCAUAACAGGCUUAUUAAAUGCAAAAGACUUUCGUGAUCGUAUUAAUGGGAUUAAGCAGCUUUUAUCAGAUACUGAAAACAAUCAAGAGCUUGUUGUUGCAAACAUUGUGAAGAUAUUUGAUGCUUUUAAAUCUCGACUUCAUGAUUCUAAUAGUAAAGUAAAUCUGGUGGCUCUAGAAACAAUGCACAAAAUGAUUCCUUUGCUUGGAGACAACUUAUCUCCUGUAAUCAACAUACUGAUUCCAGCAAUAGUAGAUAACAACUUGAAUUCCAAGAAUCCAGGGAUCUAUGCUGCUGCCACAAACGUUGUUCAGGCACUAAGUCAGCAUGUAGAUAAUUACUUACUUCUACAGCCUUUUUGCACAAAAGCUCAAUUUUUAAGUGGAAAAGCAAAACAGGAUAUGACUGAAAACCUUGCUGGUAUUGUUAUGGAACUUUAUCAAAGGAAACCUCAUGCCACAGAACAGAAAGUGUUGGUGGUUUUGUGGCAUCUCUUAGGGAACAUGACAAAUAGUGGUUCUCUACCUGGAGCUGGAGGAAAUAUACGAACAGCGACGGCUAAAUUAUCAAAAGCACUUUUUGCACAGAUGGGUCAGAAUUUGUUAAAUCAGGCUGCAUCUCAGCCACCACAUAUCAAAAAGAGUUUAGAAGAAUUGCUUGAUAUGACAAUUUAA